AUGACGUACUGGAACGGCACCAUUUUGGGCCCGCCCCACUCUGUCCACGAAAACAGAAUCUACAGCUUGAACAUUGUGUGCGACGAGCACUAUCCGGACAAGCCGCCACGCGUGACUUUUGUGUCGAAGAUCAAUCUUCCGUGUGUCGACGGCGACGGCACGGUUUUGCCCGAGCAGUUCGACACCUUGAAGCACUGGAAGCGCUCGUACACGAUGGAAACGGUGCUUUUGGAGUUGCGCAAGUGCAUGGCUUCGGCGGCCAACAAGAAGUUGCCCCAGCCGCCCGAGGGCUCUGUGUAUUAG